AUGAAGCCAUCUGAAAAAUACAGAAAUAUAUUACAAGAAAAUAUCAAAGCCGGUGCAGAAAUUAAGUUUGAUUUACAAUGGAUAUUGAAUCAGAAUGAAAUUUCCAUUUUUAAUGGUUAUAAACGAGUUGGUGCCAACAAAGAUAUUCUUUUCUAUGGAAUGUUACCUUUAUUAUCACGUUUUGCUCAAGCAUCGAUAUAUGCAUCAAUGUUUGAAGAAUCAAAACCAUUAAAUUUGUAUAGUAUUACGAUUGGACCACCAGGCAGUGGAAAAUCACCAAAUUUGAAACAUUUAAUGACAGCAGCCACAAAAGUCACAAAAAUCUUUAAGCAUGAUUAUAUGAAAAAUAUUCCUCGUGAUGCAGGUCAUAUACAGCUACAAAAUACUGUAACACAUAGUCCAAAUGGAUUGGCUUUGCUGGAAUUACUAGCUGUGGGUGAUGUAUGUAUAGUGAAUGAUGAAAUCGACAAUAUAUUUGUUAAGUGGGGUAUUUACAACGAGGAAUUGACGGAAGAAGUUUCGAUAUUACGUUCAUUAUUCGAUGGUACUGAUGGAUUAUUCCAAUCAACAUCACUUAGAAGAAUUGAAACAAAUGAAGCUAGGUUAUCGAUUUUAGGCGGUACAACAGGCACACAUUUAGCUAAUGUUUUGAAAAGUUGGUCGAAUGGGGACAGUCAAGAUAGUUUGUUUAGCCGUAUGAUGUUUUUGCCAGUCUGGUAUAAAGCAACUCGUCUAAAUGAGUUGAAAUUUAAUUCAGCUCAUGCUGGUAUACCGUCGUUUAUUCAUGUUUUUCUUGUUUGUCAUUUAUUCGGAUCAGUAGAAUAUCGCUUCGAUACCAUUGAUGAAUCUCACAUAUCAACAACAGCGGGCACAAGAGCGGGUGAAAGCGUUGAUAGUAAUAGUGCUUAUGAUUAUGUAGUUAAUAAGGUUGCUGAUCAAACUGAAGUAUUGCUUCAUGCACAAUGUAAAGAUUUACCACCACAUAUUGCAUCAUUUUAUGCUAAAGUAAAUGAUGUUUAUCCACGUAUUUGUGUUUUACUUAAAUUAUAUAAGAAUAUUAUGUCCGUUUUAACUGAAUUACAAAAUAUUAUUGACUUUGACGAUGAUUUUCAAGAAAAUGCUGUUGAUACCCGAAAAUUUAUAGCUGCAGCAGCUAAAGUACUUAAUCAAUUAUUCUUAUCGACAGCGGAGCAAUCGGAGAAGUCUGGUAUGCCAGUUCUAUAUAUUGAUAAAAAGACAUGUGAGCAAGCAUGGAAAUAUUAUUUGUUUAUCUUCAAUGCAAUUAAAUCAAUAUUUAAUAUUGAUACAAUAACGUCUGUAAAUGAUACACGGUGCGAACAGCUGCUAGUCAAUCCUGCUUAUUGUAAAAGAAUAUUAUCAUUUCCUUAUACAUUUUUCUCAACAACAAUGAUAGCUGGUUAUGAUCGUCAUGAUGUAAGAAAAUGUGGACCAUUUAAAACACAUCCUGAGCGAUUACAUGAAUGCGGGCAAGCGUUGAUUGAUGACGGUCUAUUGUUCAGAGAAAAAUUUAUUACUACUUGUGAAACAGCAUAUCAUAAAGUUCCACCACCAACAGCCUGUACGCCAAGAUCUUAUGAAGAAAUUGAUAUGGAACUGAAAUUAAAUAAAUGGGGUAUGACGUUACUUGAAUAUCGAGAAAUUCACCAAAAAUCAUGCUCAGUUAAGAAACUAACAGAUCUUGCUUCGAAAUUUAUGGUAAAACGUUAUAAACAAUAUUAUCAAGAUUUUCCAAAAUACAUAAAUAACGAAUGCGUUCGACAAGAUGUUGAUACUCUGGUUCAAGAUGGUUUACUUGUACAAGAACUUAUUAAUGGUAGACUAACGUUUUCUUUAAAGGUAACAAACCAAGUUUCUCCUGAUAAUAAUUCCUUACAAACAUUCUUUCCCAACAAGAACAAUAAACCACCAUCGACACAAGAAACAACUGCUACAUCAAAUAAUCAAGUAACGACGUUAUCUAAUACUGAAACAUUAUUACAACAACAACCAAUGAAUUCACUAUCAAGACAACCGAUAACUGCAACACAAGAAUCUAGUUUAAAUUACACAACCAUACAAUCACCUGAAUUAAAUAUUACGACAAUACUUUCGAAACGGACAGUAGAUCCUUCGUCCCAAAAUAGUGUUACAAUGUUCCAGUCAUCACUUAUUCCAUCAUCAGAUUCUCUGUCAUUAUCUGAAUGGAAUCAGUCUAGUCAAGUACCGCAAGAACUUGUGACUUGGUCUGAUACAACUGUUAAGCAAAACGAUAAUAUCACACAAAGUAAAUUUGUAGUAGCUGCGCAAACAAAUAUAAAUGCUAAUGAAGAACAACAUACGUCAUUAAUCAUGAUAGCUAAUGGACAAAAAGAAAAAGUUGAUCACAUUCAUAAUGCUCAAUUAAAUGAUACUGUAAAUAGCGUUGAUGAAUUAGAUGCCUAUCAGUUAAUCGAUAUUAGCAAUAGUCCAACAAUAAUUGCUAAUCAACCAACACUGACUAUUAAUGUAGAAGAACAACUACUGGAAGUAAUGGAUGAUAAUGAACAAGUGUUUGCAAAACAAUCUACAGAUAAAAGUAACCAAGCACAAAGUGUUAUAGACGAUAAAAAUAACAAUCGUAAAAGAAAAGAAGAAUUGAAUGAAGCAGAAAUUCAUAAUGUUUAUAACAAAAUAUUAGUAUUACGUUCGCCGAUUAUAUCUACAAGAGAUAUUGCGAACUCAUCAACAUGGGCUGAUACAAAUUUGGGAAUCAUUGGGAAAUUCAAAUUUCAAAUUCAAACAAAUUGGGAAGUUGAAUAA